ACCCUACACCAAAAACCCUUACCUUUUAAUCUGUCUGUUUGAAAAGCUAUGGGGUUUUUCGAUAUUAAUAUCCCCUACGCCGAUUCCACGCCGGCCAACAAAGCGAACAUCGCCGCAAAAUCCACCCGCAUUAAAAUCGUGAUCAAAGCGAUGGAGAUGGGUUAUACGGGAAUCGCAUACAACCGUACGAUAAGGGGAGUCAUGUCUGAUCGCGACCGUUGUUCAAUCCCUCUCCUCAGUCUGUCCUCUCUCCUCAAUAUCGCCCCUUUUCUGUCCUCUUCCGUUAACUUCCACCGAGAUCUCCUCGGGGUCCCUCGCUCCUCUCCUUUCCGCCAGUACACGCGCCUCACCAUCUGUAUCGACACUGCAUCGCAGUCGCAAGCUUUAAAUUCGGGAAAUCCGGUAUUGAAGACGUAUGACAUUGUUGCCGUUAGGCCGCUGAACCAAAAUGCUUUUGAUCAUGCCUGCGAAAAAUCCGAGGUGGAUAUAAUUUCAAUUGAUUUCUCGGAUAAGUUGCCGUUUCGAUUGAAAUUGCCCAUGAUUAAAGCUGCUAUUAAGCGUGGGAUUUAUUUUGAAAUUACAUAUUCUGAUCUUAUUGUGGACGUUCAGCAAAGGAGGCAAAUGAUAUCCAAUGCUAAGUUGCUGCUGGAUUGGACUCGAGGAAAAAAUAUCAUAUUUUCUAGUGCUGCGCCUUCUGUUUGUGAAGUUAGAGGGCCAAAUGAUGUUGCAAACUUAGCAUCUUUGCUUGGCCUCUCCAUGGAACGAGCUAAAGCAGCUAUUUCCAAAAAUUGUAGGAGUCUUUUGACUAAAGCGUUGAGAAGAAAACACUUUUUCAAGGAGGUUAUCAGAGUUGAAGCAGUGUCAUCUAGUCAGCCAUCUGACUCUGAAGCACCUUGGUCUGCAGACUGGCUUAAGUGGGAUCCCAUCUCUAGUGGUGAAGGCGAUUUAUUGCUGGAUGACAUGGCAAAGUCUUUUGCCUCCAAUAACGUAUCUAGAACUGUAAAAGUGAUUGAUUUUGAUUCUAUUAUUGACAAGAUGCCAUCUCAUGGUUUCCAAGUUAAGGAUAUGAUAUCUGGAACUGAAACUUCCUUCCGGUCACCGGAAAAAGUCAAAAGCUUUAUUGACAGAGGUGAUGCUUCAUUAGAUAAUACAUUUUCAAAACAUCUAACCUCUGUAUUUGGGUCUCAAGAGGUAGACCUUGCAAGUAAUGCUAGAAAAACUUCUACAGGUUCUGAGGAAGUGAUGAUUAACACAGUAACAACUGAGGAAGAACUAGAGAGUUAUAAUGCCUCAAAUGUAGUAUUUGCCUCUGUUGAAACCGAAAACCAAAACCACUGUCUGUUCCCAGAAAAGCACAAUGAGCAAAAUGUUGUGGUACUAGAUGAGAAUGUGAGCAACUGUGUAAAUGCUGUAAUAAGAAAUGAGAAUGUCGUAUCCCAUCAGACAUCGGCCAUGGACAUUGAACUGGGUGCAGCUGCUUUGGAGAUUUCUCCUCCAUCUGAAAACAAUAGUUUACCUCCUACUCAGGGUGGGGAAUGUAAUAGUUCUAAAGUUUCUCAUGUAGAUUUAGGUGCCGAGACUGUUAAGGUGGAUGAUAUUGCAGUUGAUAUGGAUAUGGAAGACCACGAGAAUGCGCCAUUGUCUUUGAAUAAUAUGGCUUUGCUUGAAAACAUCUCAGAAAGGAUAUCAUUAAGGGCUUUUGAAGAUGAUGCAGGUACUGCUGAUCAAAUUUCACUUCAGCAGUGUGACAGUGAGAUGAGGGUUACAAAUGACUCCUGGGUGGCAAACCAUGAAAACCAAGUCUUGGUGGAAGGGCAAAAGCUUGCAGAAGGUGAUGGCAAAAUGAAAGAUCUUGCAUCUGUCUUAAACGAUGAGUCUCUGCCUGAAGAUGUCAUUGAAAGUGAAUCAACCAAAGUAGUUCAUAAUUCAUUUCCCAAGUCCAAUCCAAAGAUGAAAACAAAAGGCAUCUCUUCUUCCAUAAUUAAUGAGGUCCGAGAGGUGGCACUGGAAAUGAAAGAGCAUGGAGAAGAUGGUAGCAAAACUAAAGAUCCUACUCCAGUUCAGCGAAUAUCAGGAAAAUCAAGAAGAAGACAUGGGAAUCCUCGUCAAGCACCCUCAUUUCCUUUACGGCUUAGCUUAUAUCCUGUAUCUUUCAAGAGGCGAACAACUCAAAAAUCAGAGCGCAGGGUGAAGAUGACUGAACUUUAAUUAUGCGAUUACAUGGUUCAACUCUUAAGAUUUUGUUUAUAGACUACUGUAAUCCAAAUAGCUGGAAAAUUUUCAUUUUUAAUUGGAUAAAACAUGAAACUAUGAAUUCCGCAUAUGAAAAAAAAAGGGAAAUCAGGUAUAAUUAUGGCCAUUGUCUUUGAAUUGUUG